GGUUCAAAGUGUGAUCGCUUACAUUAAUAAACAGAAGACCUCGGCUCACCCUAACAGAUGGGUCAUGUGCGUCCCUGUUGGAGAGAGGGGUUUGAGGCGAGGGAUGAGGGGAGCCCUGAGCAAAGACUGAGGACUUCGUUAUCAUGUCGCCAGCGUUGAGAUAGACGGAACUGCAGUAUUGUGAUAGUUCCCACCAGUGUUGUGGCGUUCUGCUUGUAAUUAUCAAACUGUGAUGGAAACUGCGGACGAUGGACGAUGAGGAAGUACAGAUGGAUUCUUUUUGGGGAGAGAUAAUGAAUCAGCAUCCGGGUGAGAUGAACCUGGAGGCGGUGACGAGUGCGCUGCAGCAGGGAGCUCCUGUGGAUGGAGACGAAGGGGCCCUUCUGACGCCCCUUCAGCACGCAGCACACACUUCCAACCUCCGCCUCGCCCGGAUCCUCUGUGAUUUCAACGCCAGCCUGGAACUCCCAACCAGAUUACACGAAGGAUGUACAGCAAUGCACUUAGCUACGCGGGCAGGAAACGAGGCUAUGGUGCUGCUGCUGGUGGCCAUGGGUGCCCGAGUCGACGCCAAGGAUGAUAGAGGACGAACACCGCUACACUUUGCUGCAGAGGCUGGUCAUAACGAUAUAGUGGACCUCUUGCUUAGUUACGGAGCUCCCGUUGACGUCAAGGAUGCAGCAGGCCAUACUCCUGUCCUGUACGCCGCGAGGGAAGGCCACACACACACUCUAAAGACACUGAUCGACCAUGGCUGUAGUCUUCACACCCUUGACCAAGAUGGAGCGACGCCGCUCCACCUGGCGGCCGAGCGAGGUCACCUGCGCACCGUAUGCAUGCUCCUGGUGAGCGGUGUUUCGCCUGACAUUGAGGACAACAACCGGUGCAAGGCCGAGGACCGAGCACUCCGCAGGGGAUGGACUGUGGUGGUAGACUUGCUACAGCACCCACAGGACGCCGGCGACAUCUUGGAGCAAUUUGCACUUGAGGAGAGAGCUGGAGGCGGCGAUGAAGACGACAACCUCCUAGACAGCCUGGACGUUCGUAGCGAAGUCAGGGGCUAUCUAAAACCUGAUGACCGAACCGCUAGUGGAAUGGAACCCGAGUUAUCAGCUUUUGAUGACAACACGAGAGUUGAGCCUUCAUCUGCGUCCUUCGUUGAUAUUGAUGUGGAUCCAGAAGCUUCAGGUCUUGCAGAAGCUAUUAAUAAAAUAAGAUUAGUUCCUUUGGCAGCUCUUGAUGAUAAUGGACCGGAAUCCUUGGCUCCUCCUGCUUUUGAUAAUAACAAUGACUCAAGAAUGUCUUUUCUCCCUACUGCUGAUGUCAAGCGUGUUGCCGAAAGUUGUAUAGAACAAGAGUAUUCGUAUCCUGCUGGUGGUGAUGAUAAAAGCCCAGAUCUCCUGAGGUUUGAUGAUAGAGAUGAUGGUACUUGCAAAGAAUCCUCAGCUUCUUCGGCUGUUGGGGAUAGUUUAGAAGCAGGGUCCUCGAUUAGCACUUGUGGGGCUGGAAAUAUAGAACAAAGAUCCUUACCUAUUGCUAGAGGUGACAGUAUGGAAGCACAGACUCUGUGUUUUUCCAGCGGUGAUGAUGGUAUGGAACCAGAGCCUUCAUGUCUUUCCAGCGGUGAUGAUGGAUUGGAACAAGAGCCUUCGUGUCUUUCCAGCGGUGAUGAUGGAUUGGAACAAGAGCCUUUGUGUCUUUCCAGCGGUGAUGAUGGAUUGGAACCAGAGCCUUCGUGUCUUUCCAGCGGUGAUGAUGGAUUGGAACAAGAACAUAAUGAUGGUUGUAGCGUUAACACCGAGCCUAAUCGUUCAUCUGCUUUUGGUGGUGGAUGUGUUGUGGAGCAACAGUCUCCAGCUAAUACUUAUGACUCUUGUACUACUGGAGAUCCUCCAGGUAGAGGAAGUGGGGACCCAGGCCUCAACUUAGACAACAUUAGGCCAUCCAAACAGGAUUUAAACAAAAAGCUGUUAGCAGCGGCGGCGGAGGGACUGGUGAGGGAGAUGGAGUUAAUGGUGGAGCGUGGGGCCGACCUCUCCAGCACCAGCACCAACCCUGGCGAGGAAGGGCUGCAGGCGCUUCACCUGGCGUGCUGGGGCGGCCACACCGAGGUGGUGGCGAAGCUCCUGGAUUAUGGUGUCGACCCCAGAGCUGUGGCAGCUGGUCGCGAGGGUGUUCACUGGGCAGCAUUUGGGGGUCACGUGACCGUGUUGCGACUACUGAAGGAGCGAGGGUGUGACGUCACUGCUGCUUCCACCCCGGACGGGUCGACACCACUCCAUCUGGCGGCCGACAACGGCAACCUGGACGCUAUCCGCUGGCUGGUCCAACAUGGGGUUAAGAUCCAUGCCGUCGACGGCAUGGGACGCACUGCACUGGAACUGGCUCAAGCUUCCAGAGCCAAGCUUGUGGUAGAUUAUCUGGAACGUAAAAGUGAUGAGGAGCUACUAUUGCGAGCUGCCGCGUGUGGGCUGACUAACUCUGCAAAGACGCUGAUAGAGAAGGGAGUGAACGUGAAUGCUGGCAGUUACUUAGAGUCCCAGGAGGGAUGGCGAGCGCUUCACCUGGCUGCUGACGGUGGUCACAAGGGAGUGGUAGAGGUCCUCCUCCAGGCCGGGGUCCUCCUCGACGUUACAAACGCUCAAGGAAUGACUGCGGCACAUAUAGCGGCCCAGGCGGGCCAUCUGGAGAUUCUCCAGCUCCUUAUAGGCAAGUUGCCUCCCAUAGAAGCAGAAAAUAACGGGCGUCAUCUGGUGCACUGGGCAGCUAUAGGAGGGUACGUACCAGUGCUGAAUUAUCUCCAGACGAAAAAGUACAACUUGAAGGUUACAACCGGCAAGGAGGAGACAGCGUUGCACCUUGCGGCAGACCACGGUAACCUGGAAGCCGUCCAGUGGCUGGUCAAGCAAGGGAUCAACUUCAACCUGAGAGAUAACAAGGGAUUCACGGCCGAAGACUUCGCCAGGAAGGAGCACCACAGGGAGGUUUACAGCUUCCUUCGUAACUUAGCCAAAGUACAAGAAGCCAAGUUGCUGGAGGCAGCGAGUGAAGGCCACAUGCGCGGGGUUUCGCGGCUGCUUGACUGCGGCGUCAACGUUGACUGCGCGUGUCAGGACGCCGACAACCGUGGUCGAAGACCGAUACACUUCGCGGCUCAUAAGGGUAACCUAGAUGUCCUGCAGGCGCUUCUCCUGGCGGGCGCCAAACGCGAGGUAACCGACAUCAAAGGAAACACAGCCAUGCACUGGGCAGCACUCGGAGGGCAGCUCAAAACCAUGCAAUUUCUCCGGGCCAACAACUGUAAGGUAGCAGUUCUAAACUGCUGCAGGGAGACCCCUCUACACUUUGCUGCUUCGGCGAACCACCCGGAGGUGCUGAAGUGGCUACUGGCGCAGGGUGUCGACCGAAACAUCAAGUCGAGUUCGGGGAUCACAGCUGAAGACAUAGCCAGCAGAAGACGCCAUCAUGAGGCUGCCGAAGUACUUCAUAACUUCGGAAAGAACAUCGAUGCUAUUACUGCCUAGAGCUUUAAGCCUGUGACAAAACAACCUUCUGUCCCCCUUUCGGUCUUUCAUCAAAAGCUAAACACUGCUGGGGUUUUACGAAAAGGUGGGCCUUUUUUAAGUUUAAUGAAAAUUUAACUCCUAUCAGAUUUCAUUGAAAACUUGGGAUUGAUUUUAGGUUUCAUAAAAAGCUGUGCCCUUUUCAGGAUUAAUAAAAAAAAUGCCUUUUUCAGGUUUCAUCAAAGCCGAACCCUUUUCGUAUUUCCAAACCAGCACAUAUCCAGGGGCCAUGGAAAAACAGCUGUUCAAUCCAUGGUAUUAACUUUUUCGGGGUCCAAUUCGAAAAAAACAUGACUCGAAGCAGUAAAAGUUUGCUGACAAACACAGAGUUGCUCAAAACAUUGUGGUAAUGUUGCAUGUUUGCUGGGCAAAGAUUACGAGAGACAGUAGGGUACUGCAAGAAAACCUUGACUAUCUGCUGAAGGGAGAUAAAUUGAUGCCUGAGUUCAAACCAUAACUGUUACCAAUGUUAACUGGUAACUGUUUAAACUGUUACCACUUUGGUAACUAACCCUUGUUGCCAUACGGGGUACAGUAAAUAGAUGCAGACUUCAGGGAGUUAUGUUGGAUAGUGAAUAUAUAACCGGCUUUUAUGUUAUGAUGUGUGUAUUGUUAAAGCUGUUCAUUCCAUAGCAUCUGGUGCUGUGUAGCAAGAUAUCGUCUGGCCAGUGUUGGAAACUAGAUGGCUGUUUUGUUUUUGUUGAAAGAUUAGGGGGUGGGGGGACACGAUGAUGUAAGGCGUAUACCUGCUUCUCAAUUUCCAGUUUUUAUGCUAUUAUUUUUUUUUUUACUAAUGGAGACAUUUAUUAACUUUGUCAAGUUUUGUACUAGUUAAAAUGAUUUAAUUGUUAUUUUACCGAUUGACCCCUUUAUGAUUAAAGUAUAAAUCCUGCA